AUGCCCUCAAGUAUAGCGUCAUCACCCCAAUUAUCGCCCUUUCAGGUGCCAGCAUUGCGGCUUGGCCAGUCCCAAUCAAACAAAAGCGUCAAUGCCUGUGCUAGAAAACUGUUUGCAGCAUUCCGGUCUUGUCAAUGUUUACCACCAGAACCGUCUGAGAAUGAGCUUGCAGGUGAUAAUCUCCAGAACUACAUCACUCUUUGUGGCCAUUUCCUCUCUUCCCGCUUGAUCCCUCAACGAUCAAAGUACAAUGCUCAGUUUGAACCUGAUGAAGACUGCGUCUCCUACUUGAAAACCCCUACCUUGAGGAAUUACAUCGGGCAACACUUCAAAGAUAUCCGAGAAGCGCUGCCUAAUCAUGUACAGCUGAAGAAUCUUGGGCCUGGCGAGUUUCCUCUUUGGUACUCUGCAUUUUUGGUGCAAUUUGAAAGGGCAUGCUCCCGAUACCAUAUCGACCAUGGCCAUGAGAUGAAUGAAGGUUCAAGUAAUAAUAUCCGGCCCCUUUUUUUUAAGAAUACAAAUCCUGACAAGACUGACUUCAUCAGCCGAGUUAGUCUUGAGCAGAUUCUCACCAAAAUAAUGAAGGAGGCACCAAAGAACAAUGUCAAAGACUUUGGACAUUUUGAGCAACGGGCGAUGCUGAUGUUGUCAUUUUCAGCUAUUGGACGGGCGGGGGAAAUCAAAUUUCAAAAGUUCAGUGAUUGGAGAUUCGAUCCAUACCUACAGACCACAGAUAUAAAGUGGGAAGAAAAGAAGACAUUGACAAUGCAUGCAAUGCCAAUGGUUCCAGAUAAGAGCUACCUCGUUUGUUUCUAUCACGCAAUUGCAUGUUACUUUGCCCUUGAAGAUGGCUUGUACCGCAAUGAAACACAGCAGGCUGACGGUCACUAUGACUUCCUCUUUCCAUCUCUUCAAAAGAUUGGAAACAACAGUGUUGCCAAGAAGGUUGGAAGUAUCAUCAAAACAAACCUGCCCCCCAAAACUCCCAACAAAAUUACAAGUCAAUAUACUGCAAAAUCUUUGCAAAUUGGCGGAAUUACACAUCUUGCAAGCCAUCCUACAAUGACCACUCUUCGUGCUGCUGCUCAAACUGGUCACUCUACGGGAACGACCAUGGAUAGCUAUGUGGAUUCUGCUGACGUUGUGAGAGGGAUUCCUGCUGCGUUGGCGAUGCAUCAAUAUGAGUCGCUUGAAUCAAAAAUCAAAGUGUACUCGCUUGAUAUGCUUCCAGAGUUGGUGGAAAAGCUGGUGACGUCCCUGUUCUGCAUCUCAGUACCAAGCUUCAAGGCAGAUGGGUCACUAUAUGCGGUUACGAGAGCUGCGGCAGCCUCCCUAAUAGCCCAUCACAAUACAGUGACAAGCGACCUUGGUUACAGAAAUGCAGUUUCUUGUUAUCGUCGAACCAAAGCUAGGGAGGCCAAAAUCUCGGAUCCAAGAUACGACAGAACUAUGAGCCCUGAGUUGCUGUUGGAGAAAUGGUCCAAGGAGGUGAUGGACAGCUUCCUAGCAAGCAAUACUGAAUUUACCGAUACCAACCCCACAGCCAUUGGUCUUGCUAAAUCCAUGGAUGAGUUGAAGCCAGUUGUACUUGGAUUGAAAACAUCCAAUGAUUUGCUUGUUAAAGAACUCGGCUCUGUGGCAAAAGAGCUUGCAAUGAAGACAGCUGCAGUGUCACUCUAUCAAGAAGAACU